AUGGAGGCGCUCUGGGCGGCGCUGGACGAGGUGGCCCUGGAGGGCCUGGACGGCAUCACGCUGGGCGCGCUCUGGGAGCGGCUGGGCAGCCGCGUCCCGCCCUUCCCGCUGCCCCUGGAGCCCGCCGCCCGGCAGCUGAUCUGGGCCACGCUCGCCGGGCACGCCGAGCUCUGCUUCUACCUGCUCCCGGAGCCGCGCCCCCCGCUGCGCCUCUACGAUCGGUAUGAGGAAAUCGAUCUUGAAACGGGCAUAUUGGAGACCAAGCGGGAUCCAGUGCCUUUAGAAGAUAUUUAUCCGGUGCAUAUGCUUUUAGACAACAGUGAAGGCAUUCAGGGUUCAUGUCAGUAUUUUAAUGAGAGGCUGGAUAUUACCGAUCAAGUCAGGACGAAGGACUUGCAGCCCUGUUGCACUUACGUGGAAGCUUAUGAGAACUGGGGAGAGAAACUGGUUGUCGUGGCCUCCCCAGUGCUGCGCCACAGAACCCUAAUAGGCUGGGAAGGGGAUCCGGACCUGAAACUGCCCGACUUCUCUUACUGCAUCCUGGAGAGGCUGGGGCGUGCUCGCUGGCAAGGAGAACUCCAGAGAGACCUCAGCGCCGCUUUUAAGGUAGAUGCUGGGAAGCUUCACUAUCACCGGAAGGUUUUGAACAGGAACGGGCUCAUCUCCAUGCAGUCCCACGUGAUCAGGCUGCCAACAGGCGCCCAGCAGCACUCCAUCCUCCUGCUCCUCACCCGCUUCCACAUCGACAGGAGAAGCAAAUACGAUAUCCUUAUGGAGAAGCUCUCCAGUCUGUUGAGCAGUCGUCCAAGUCAGAUGGAAACCCUGGGGAACAUCAGGGAGGAACUGGGCCUCUGUGAGAAGACCUUCAAGCGCCUCUAUCAGUAUAUGCUGAAUGCCGGGCUGGGCAAGAUGGUGUCUGUGCCAUUACGGGAUGUUUGCCCCGAUGGAGGCCCUUUCAAAACCAAGAAGGGGACCGACAUCAUGGUGCGCUGUCUGAAGUUGGUGAAGGCGUUCCGGAAGAAGGUGGAGGAGUACCGUGACGAUGACGACGAAGAGCUGAUCACCAAGACCGUGCAGCCAGUGGACAUCGUGUACGAGAAAGACAUGCUGACGCAAGCAUACGAACUCAUUGAAAGCUGGGGGACCAAAGGCAUUUCCCAGGCAGAACUUCGGGCGGCCAUGCACGUGGGGAAGCUGGAGGCCAGAAUGCUCUGCCGCCUCUUGGAGAGGUACAAAGCAAUCAAGGGAUUCAUGGAAGACGAGGGCAGGCAGCGGACCACCAAGUACGUCGCGUGUGCCUAUGCGGAAGAGAGCGACUUGAGCCGGCAGUUUGAGCGCGAGAAGGCCCGGAGCGAGCAGCUGGCCAUGGCCAGCGUGGUGCCCGCAGCACAGGAUGGCUCCUCGCCUGGGGAAGGCCUCUCUCCGGGGGACAUGGGGGAGGCGGCGGUGGCACUGCUUUCCGAAUCGGAGAAUGAGGAGGAGGAGGAGGAGGCGGCGGGUCGGCUGGGCAAGGACAGUGCAGGGGAGCUGCAGCAGCUCCAUUUUGGCCCCUGCCAGUCAACGCCAGUGAAAGCCAGGAAAUCAGCAGCUCGAACAACUCUGAGAAGGAAGCUGUCUCCCUCGUGUCCUCCUGAAGACCCUGAGGAGCUUCUGGAUCACUCAGCAGCUGAUGAGGACUCUGCCUUGGAUCUGCUAAAACAGGAGGCCGGCCUCUCAAAUUGCGCCCAUUUUAAAGAUGACUCUGCCACAACUCUGGUUGAGGAAGUCAGGCUCAGCACUCCCAAAAAGGGCUGUGAUGAAAAGAAAGAGAAGCGCUCACGGACUUCCACGGUUGAGCGUUCGCAUGAGACCUACCGCCUGCUGAAGCGCCGGAACCUUAUCAUAGAGGCUGUCCGAAACUUGCGCCUGAUUGAGAGCUUGUUUGCGCUUCAGAAAAUGAUCAUGGAUCAGGAGAAACAGGAGGGGGUCUCCACCAAGUGCUGCAAGAAGUCCAUCAUCCGGCUCGUGCAGCGGCUCUCCCGGGAAGGGCUGCUGCGUCUCUAUCGCACCACCGUCAUCCAGGACGGAGUCAGCAGAAAGGUCGAGUUCGUUGUGGAUCCCUCGGUGAAUCCUGGUGACCCGCUGGUGAAAAGUGCCAUCGAGCAAGUGCGCUUCCGCAUCUCCAACUCGAGUACCGUGAACAGGAUUAAGGUGCCACAGGCCCCGGCAUCCCAGAACCAUCUGGAGGAGGGAAGCCAGGAGUCUGGAGUUGCGGCUCCUCUGAGGGAAACGGAAGGCUGCUCCUCUCCUUGCAAAAGCGAGAUGGCUGGGGAGAAGGUGCAUGCGGCAAAGUUCAACUACCAUCCCGUCGUAGUGCCAGGUCUCGGACGUUCCCUCGGCUUUCUCCCCAAAAUGCCUCGCUUAAAGACUGCCCAUCUUUUCCUCUGGUAUGUGGUUUACGGGCAUCCUCUGAAGGCCUCGCAGAGGAGGGCGAGCUGCAGCAACGAGCCGGCGGGCGGCACGGUGAACCUCGAUGCGGGCAGUGCCGGGGCAGCAGCAGACGCAGUGCCGGAAGGGCCGUGCCUGCCAGGCCCUGGCUGCCCUGCGCCGGAAGGGGAGGCGGAGCUCGCUCAUCAAGCAGUGUACGUGGAUGAUGCGUCGUGGAUGCGCCACAUCCCUCCGCUCCCUGUCCACAGGGAGUUCGGCCACGGCUGGGCUCUCGUUAGCGACAUCCUCCUCUGCUUGCCGCUCUCCAUCUUCGUCCAGAUCGUGCAAGUCAGCUACAAGGUAGAUAACCUGGAAGAUUAUUUAAACCAUCCCCUGAAGAAACACACAUUGAUCAGAAAUCUUCCACGAUCCAUUCGACAGAAACUCCUUUACAAGAGGAGGCACAUCUUUUCGGUGGUGGAAAGCCUGCAGCGGCUAUGUUACAUGGGGUUGGUGCAGUUUGGCCCCACAGAGAAAUUUCAAGAAAAGGAUCAGGUGUUUGUCUAUCUGAAGAGAAACGCUGUGAUUGUGGACACCACUGUCUGCGAGCCGCACUACAACCUGGCCCAGAGCAGCCGCCCCUUUGACCGGCGCGUCUACAUGCUGAGCACGCUGCAAGACGUGGAAAACUUCUGGUUUGACCUGCAGUGCGUCUGCCUGAAUACUCCACUAGGAAUCGUCCGCCAUCCCCGUGCCAGGAAGAGCGGGACUCUCACUGACGAAAGCGGCACUGCCCUGGAAGCUGCCCUGGAACAAGAGUCGGCGGCCCACAGACACAACCUGGAGCGCAAGUGUGCCAUGCUGGAGUACACCACGGGACGCCGAGAGGUGGAGGACGUUGGCUCGAUCCCUGGAGAUGGGCUGGGGGCAGGCGGCCUGGAUUCCAGUUUCUAUGCUCACUUAAAACGCAACUGGAUUUGGACGAGUUACAUGAUUAACAAAACGAGGAAGGAGAACGCUGCUUCUGAAGCGGGGCAUGCGCUGCGACUCCAGACCUUCCUGACCAAGCGCGCGCUGCCACUGGGUGUGAGAGGUGGAACUCUUUGGGCUGACUCACUGGUGGCCACGGAAGCGUCUGUGCAAAAAGAAGACUUGGAGGUCGAAAAAGAAGCCAUGCUAAACAGAAGCGAGAGAGUGCGGGGCGGGAAGAACCAGAAGAGAAGGCGGCUUAAGAAGGACAUAGUGAAGACGACCAAGAAAAGGAGGCAUAAGAGAGAUGGGGACAAGAGCAAACGGCCGCGCUAUCACGACGAAGCCGACCAGAGCGCCCUGCAGAGGAUGACCCGCCUACGCGUCAUGUGGACCGUGCAGGAGGACAGCCUGCUGAUGCUCUGCCGGAUCGCAAGCAACGUGCUCAAUGCCAAGGUGAAGGGACCGUUUGUCCCAUGGCAAGUGGUCCGAGACAUCAUGCAUGCCAGUUUCGAAGAAUCGCUGGACAAGACUUCGCAUUCUGUCGGGCGUCGAGCUCGCUACAUUGUCAAGAAUCCACAGACGUACCUCAAUUACAAGGUCUGCCUCGCUGAAGUCUACCAGGACAGAGCCCUCACUGGCGACUUCAUGCGCAGGAAGGCCAACUACCAGGACCCCAAGGUUUGCGCCGAAGAGUUUAAGGAAUUCGUGGAAAGGCUGAAGGAGAAGUUCAGCUCAGCGCUGGGAAAUCCAAAGCCUGCCAUUCCAGACACGCUGGAGGAGCUUUUCCGCAGAUUCCACGUUCUGGCCAUUGGAGGUGAAGCCAGCCAAGCCGGGAAGGAGGAUGUGCUCACCAGCAUCACCGAUAUCCACAUCCUCGUGCUACAGAACCUGAUCCAGAGCACUCUGGCCCUCUCCAACAACCAGAUGAAGUCCUGCCAGUCAUUCCAGACCUUCCGCCUCUACCGGCAGUACCAGGAUGACAUCCUGGUGAAGGCUUUCCUGGACUGCCAGAAGAAGAGCCUCGUCAACCGCCGCCGGGGCAACCACAGCCUAGGCCCAAAGAAAAGCCGAGCGCUGCCCUUUGUGCCAAUGUCCUACCAGCUCUCCCAGAGCUACUACAGGGUGUUCACCUGGCGGUUUCCCAGCACGCUCUGCAGCGAGUCGUACCAGUUCCUCUUGAAGCUGAAGGAAGCCGGGAAGCAGGACCAGGCCUCCAGCUUUUCUUUCAAGGACCAGGAGGAUCCCGCUGCCUCUGGAAUGGUGACCUUCCCUCUGGAUGGGCCCGGCGGUUACUGCGCAGCCGUCCUCGCCCUCUUCUCCCUCGGCCUGGUCUCAGUGGACGUGACAAUCCCUGAGCAGAUAGUGGUGGUAGACAGCACCAUGGUGGAGAAUGAAGUCACCAAAAGCUUGGGGAAAGAUGUGCUGGAGGAGGAGGAGGAGGAGGAUGACACAGAGGAGAGCCCGGCCGGCAAGCGGCAGAUAGAGGUGAAGGCGCGCCAGGCCUCACAGACCAACUACCUGCUCAUGAGAGGCUGCUGCGCCCCUGGGAUCGCCAGCACACGGAACCUGAGUCCCACCGACAACAUCGUGGUCAACUCCUGCCAGGUGGCGGUGAAGCUGCGGGAGAGCCCUGCCCCGGGUGGCCUCCUGGCCCAAGAUGUGUUAGACCUGGAAAACAUGCCCGUUGGAGCCUCCUGUCUCCCCAGCUCCUUCACCAGGCGUCUGUGUGUCCGGGAACAAGAGGGGGAUGGGACUCAGUGUCCUCUUCAGGCCCUGGAAAAUUCCCAGUACAGCCCAGGGGAUGCUGCUGCUGUGCUCGAAAUCCUCAGUGCCAUUGAGGCCGCCUCGCAUUUCGGGGUGGGCCGUGCGGGCCUCACCAGGCAGUUCCAGCACUAUGAAGAGGCUGGCACGGAUCGCACACGGGUCCUCGAGCAGUACCUUCAGGACCUCCUCGACCAGGAGCAGGUGCUGGAAGUGGGGGGCCACACCACGCGACUGGUAGCCAGGAGGUUUGCUGGCCCGUGGCUGUUGCACUCCGUGUGUCUCAAAGAGGACGACGGGGAAAGUCCAGAAGGCCAAGACCCGGUCGUCCCGAGAGGCCCUGUUAAGCCAGGGGAGGAGGGAGCAGAGGGGGAGCGGCUUGGACUCAGACGCUCUGCCUCGCCUGCUUUGGCAGAGGAAGAACCGGCAAGGAAGAGGCUCAAGACCGCCGAGGAAGAGGCGGCGGCUCUGCAUGCGGACGCCUCCCAAAGCCUCGAGUGCUCGUCAGAAGGAGCAGACCGUCACGUCCUGGACAGUGGCGGGGCGGGGACUCUCGGGAAGGUGCAGGAAAGAGCGCUUGCGCAAGAGCCGGCUGCCGCAGGGGGCUGCGGUGUGGCCGCUGCGGGUGAGGAGGCGGCCCCGCCUUGCUGGGAAGAGGCCGCGGUGCCGAGCAGCCAGGAACCCCCGGACUGCGGGAAUUCUCUUGAGGAGUCAUGCGGGGCGGACCCAUCCAGUGGAUGUUCUAGUGGGAAGGCAUCGCAGGCUGAAAAGGGGAGAGUCGGAGGAAGUGUCUGCUUUGUGGCGCGGCCGUGGCGCAUUGUGGAUGGCAGCCUGAACAAACCGGUCUGUAAGGGCAUCAUGGAAGGGGUGCUCUGCCACAUCAUGACCAAGCCCGGCAUCCCUGAAGUGGCCCUGCAUCACCACUACGCAGGGGUCCUGCAGCCCGUGGCUCUCCAGGAGAUUCUGCAGGGCCUCGAAUCGCUGGGCUGCAUUAGGAAGCUCCACUUGGAGAAGCAGAGCCCAACCUCCCUCUUCUCCAGACCUGAACCAGAGCAGGUGCUCACCAACCCCAGACUGAGCACCACUCCGACUGUCUUCUAUGAGCCCACCAUUGACUGCACCUUGAAAAUUGGCAGGGUCUUCCCCUAUGAACUUAACUGGAACAAGUGGGUGCAGAUGGCCCACCUGUGAGGGCUCUUGUACAGUGACAGUGGCAUGUUGCGCUUUUGUGAAAUAAAGUGAUGGGCCUGCGUGGCUCUGGCUGA